AUGUUGACGACAUUACCACUUCCAAGAUUGGCUUCGCAUAAGGUAGCUUUGUCGGGCACAUAUUCAGUUACCCAGAGACGGCACUUCGGUGAGUUUUUGAAGAGUGUUUUUUGUAUAGAUCCUGCUCCUUCACCAGAUCAACCAACAAUGGAAAACAGGUUUCAUCCCUGGGACAAAUCACCGUGUCCGGAUUUGAGAAUGCGUGCUGCCACUAUAAAAGCAAAGGCUAAAUGCCCAGUGACACAUAAGGACAUAAAUUACACGUGUCCGUUAUCUGGAAUUCCAACACACCACUCCAAGGAAGCUUGGGAGCAGGACAAGGAGUAUCAUCGAACUCAAAAAUGGAAGAUUUUGAAAAAGGUGAAUGUUUACGAACAUGAUCUUCGGUCAGGAAGACCAUUUCCCGAAUUCGAUUUUCCUGGUGAGCAGUCGGGUGAUAUGACAGUCAAUUUCCAAAACUGGGAUACAUACCUCUACACACGCCACUUUUUCUCCAUGAAUACUGAAUUUCAAAUGGCAGUGGUGACCAAGAUGCUUACAUUCCCUGUUACAAUUGCUUCAAUUCUUAACCAAUUCUCACCUUACUUUUUACAGCCAAAGGGUCCUCUUCAUAUGGAAGGACUCAAGUCGUUGGCUGCCUUAAGAUACACACUCUAUCCCGAGAAUAGGGCAUCUAGUAUCAAGCAAAGACCAAUCAGGAUCUUUUUGCUCAAUGCAAGAUCUGAAUCUCUUCUUCCUCCACAUGUCUGGAAGGAGCUAAGUUAUCUUUUUCCCGAAGUUGGAUUCGAAUUGCACUUUGUGGGACCCCAGUGUCUAUUUGAUAGGGAGAAGAAAAAGUUUAUAGUGAAGGACACACCGGUUGUUAAGAGGUUGGAUGAUAGCAUGUGCUUCUACUUCCAUACUCAGGACUUCCACGUUCUUCAUAAAGCUCAGGAUUUCUUCCCUUAUGACCCUUACCAGGACAUAUUCUUCUGCUUCCAUCCAAGGUAUGCAUCCGAGGAAUUGGAAGAGACAUGGAAAAAAGCGUUACCAGGCCUUUUGGAAUCGAAAUGUGCAGUGUUCUCAACUGGAUACCACAAGCAGAAUAUUGAUAGCGACUUUAAUUGGGUCACAAAGAACUUUGGCAAGGAUCUAGACGUUUUGCUUGACAGAACCAAGAAUGUCUAUGGAUCAACAAAGUGGGAACUCAAUGAUUUGAAUCCUCAAGAGGUGUUUCAGUUUAAUCAGUGGCUCUUUGGAUUCAGAGGUAAGAGAUAUCACGCAGUGAAUACAAAUCAAAAUUGA